AUGACCCCCGGGGUGGAAGAUUGUAUAUUCCACGGAGCCCCUCCUGGAGCUGGAGACGAGCUGGCCAGGUACACCAAAUACGCAACCAUGCGUUCAGCUGGGGUAAGUUGCGGGCGUGGUGGCGCCACCGCGCUGCUGCUAGUCCUGGUCUCGGCUUGUUCCUUGACAGCUGGAGAGCAGCCAUCGUGGGGAUGGAACGGCGGUGGGCCGCCGCCGCCUCGAGGGUCAACCAAACAUCCACGGCAGCCGACGGAUGAAGCCGACGCAUGGUACCCGGGGGGAGCAGACGCGACAGAUCAAUGGGCUCCGGGGAGAGGGGGGGGGGAGCAAUACCCCUACGCCGAAGAGGAAGGUUAUGGCGGUUACCCGCAGGCGGGGGCGGGGGGACAGGAGUGGGUCGGGGACAACGGGGUGGCCGCCGCCGCCCCCGGGGGGGGGAGGAUCAGCAGCAGCAAGUCCAGAGCGCGACGGCGGGGGGGCAAGAAGCGUGGGAGAUCGGGGGGAGGGGGGAGCAGGGCGGGAGAUGAGGACGAUGGGUUUGAUGAGGAGGAUGGGGUUGUUAGGGAAGACCUCGUGCAGGAGUACGCGCAGUCCUUCAAGGGAAGGCUCGUGCUGUCCGGGGGAGCUUCCGUGGCUGGUGCAGCGCUCGGAGUUAUUAUCAGCAAGUCGACGAUUCAGCGUACCCCCGUGAUGUCCCUGGUGGGCCUCCUCGUGGGCCUCGUCCUCAGCGUGGCCAGGGGGGCCUUCGGCGACCUAUUCCGAGCCCUAGGCCUGGCCUCCGUCCUCGCCGUCUCCCGCAGCCGCCGUCUGUCGGCCGAGUACCCCUUCCUCCCGUACGCCAGGCGGGCCCUGGUGAUGCUGCCGCGGCGGCCGUUCCCCCCCGCGGAGAACCCGUGGAAGUACAAGAGGGCGGACGCGAUAGCGGAGCUGGAGGACGCCGGGGUGCCGCUGGACGCUGGGAACCUGCCGGCGGAGUUCAGCAUGGCUAAGUCACUGCUGUCGGUGGCGUUCCUCGGGGGAUUCGCGGGGUACCUGGUGUCCCAGUUCCCGUUCGUGUUCCUGCCGACCUUCAUGCUGGCGUUGGGCGGGGGCGGCUUCCUGGCCUAUCUCGCGACAAUGAAGAACGCUCGCGGUGACCUUACCCGUCUUCUCGGAAUGCGGACCGUGGCUUUCCUGGGCCUGGUGUCGGAGAUCGACUCUGACGUGGCACUGUCGGCCAAGGCCAAGGUGGUGGGCGGCAUCUGCUUCUCCAAGGCGAUGUUCUGGGACCGCAAGUACCACAUCAAGGACCGCGUGGUCGUGCUGCUGACGAACCUGUACGCCGCGGCAGUGAAGCUGGUGCGGAGGGUUCAGCGUGACGCUUCGGACGAUGACGACGAUGACGAUGAUCAGCGCGAGAGCGAGGCGCAGGACAGGGGAGAGCGGCUGCCUUCGCGCAGCAGCGGCGGUGGUGGCAGCGGCAGCCGACGGCGGCGGCGGCGGGCGCGAGCGCCGGAGGAGGACGUCGAUCCCCCGAUGCCGACUUCGCCGCCACCGCCGCCGCCGUCGCAACCGCCCUCAGGCUAUGGAGGAGGAGGAGGAGGAGGAGGAGGGGGUUACCAGGGAGGGGGCGGUUGGUAG